UAUGCCAAGACACAGAAGGAAACACGUAUCAGAGGUUCCAGAACUGGACCUUCAAAAAGGGAGAAACAUGCUACGAGUGUGAAUGUAAGAAGAACUCCAUUGCCAAAUGUAAAGAACAAAAAUGCAAGGAGAAAUCCUGUCCUAAAGGGUUUGACGGCGUAAACAUGACGGGAUUUUGCUGUCCUGUUUGCACAAAGGUUAUGCCAACCAAACGUCCACCUCCAAGAAAAUUCAAAAAUUGGAAAGAGCUAGAUAAGUAUAUAACUGAUCAUGGAAGUGCCACACCCUGAACUGAAUCCAAACCUGAAUCCAGGUCCAUCCAGAUGGUAGAUCACUGAUCGCCUAAUGUCUCAUUGUCUGUUUGGUUAAUAAGUAAAUAUUGAGAUACUUGUGGUUCAAAUACAAGCAAAACCUAAUUAUUCUUAGAAAACUAUAUGAAAUGUUCACAAUAGUCACUACUAGCUACGUUGAAUAAAUACUAGAAAAUAAA